AUGUUCAAACGUGCCAGAAAUGUCGACGACCCGUCUGCCUCAUCGACGCCUUCGCCGUACAAGCGUGUGCGGCUCUACGCGAACGUGAGCAGCCCGACACGCCCGCAGAGUUCUCCCGCCUCGUUAUUCACGCCCUACAACUCGUCGUGUGCUUAUUCUAUCCCAUCAGACUCGCCCUCCAAUCCAUUUGGCCUCAAGCGCACCCUCGCGGCGCUGACGCUUCCCCGCGAGAUCGGCUUCUCGAAACACUUGGCUCUGCGCUUCCAGCUUGUCUACGAAGAUCCCAAAGGAAAGAGGACGGUCCGUGACUCGCCAUUAGAUCUUGAUGGCGUACACAGGAUAGCGCAAGUGCCGACCAACUACACAUUCAGACACCUACACAAGCUGAUCCUCUUUCUCUUCGCGACCGACGCGCGCUGGUCGAAACCGCCAGGCUCCACGAGGCCGACUAGGCAUCGUCGCAGCGAGCGAUUAAAGGCACCCUUCGCGUCUGCUGCUGCGAAGGGCGAUGCGGAGAAUGCGCCGCUGAAUCGGCAAGCAGGGCGAGACAAAGGAAAGGGAAAACUCGGCGAGCCGUCCGUCUCCUGCCCGCGCGUCAGCGACCACAUCCCGCCUGAAUGGCCUGGUCAUUUCUUUGAGGUGCGCGAGGAUAUCUCGCUGUAUCGAGGCGGAUAUAAGCCUGGGGUAAUUAAGCCGCAUGCGGGGAAAACAUGCGUACGCCUUUCAAGCGUGCGCGAUCGUAAGCUCUUCCCCGACCUGUAUGAACAGGAACACUCGAGUCUCUACCAUGCGACCAUGCUUGGUAGUUCAAGCACAAGCAGUACCCUGGAUGUUUUAGAAACGGGUUUUGAAGACGAUGAUGACGAUGACGCAGGCUGGAGAUGGGAGGGGGAGGACGACUACACCGUGCGACAUGUUUGGCCCAAUGGUCCUGAACUGGAGAAAGGAAUUGUCUAUCGCCACCUCCCCGGCGUGUCAGUGCAUAUCACUAUUAACACUGCACGCGUCCCGCCUCGCAAGGGUAUCGGAAACCAGCCAUUCGUGUUUCGAUGGCGAGGUAGCACGCGUGGUGCGAUCCGCAUUGCGCAUCUGAUUCCUACAGACAAUCGCCAUGCGGACGCCCCGGAACCCGACGCAACCCCUGAAGAGAUAUUCGAGGACGAGAAGGACAGCGAUGUCCAACGGCUCAAACGAUGGAACGACCGCGACGCCUUCUCCCGCUUCCUCACGCUCGAAGCCGAUCGCGAACGCGCUCUCCGACGCUCCACGUCAUCCCCCUUCUCCCCUUCCACCGCCCGACCCUCCAUGAGUGCGAAUCCGUUUUACAGCUCCCCCUUCCGGCGCGCCGCCCACACCGCCUCGCUCCCCCCAUCCUCGCCUGUGUCUAGCCCCGCGACGCUCCCGCACCUAUCCUCCGCCUCGUCGCGCUCCGCGUACACCGCGUCGUCCCCGCUCUCACAGUCUUCACGACGGUCCUCGAGCGUGUCGCUCGUCGGUCUCGCGCUAUUCGAGCUGCCGCUGGAAACCCCGGCACCGGCGCAUCCCGCACUCGCGCGCCGCGUGGCGCGUGCGUCGAGGCGGCUCGAGCGGCUCACGCGCUGCGGGCUUGCAGACAUGAGCGAUGGGGAGGAGAGCGACGAGGUGCUUGGGGACGAGCUUUUUGCGGAUGAGGUGGAUGAGGGUGCGGACGAGGAGAGCGAGCGCGAGCGCGCGAGGGAAGUAUGUGAGGCCUUGAGGGGGAAGCAGUGGGUGGGGAGUGUGCCAGAGGAAGAGUGGGAUCCAUUCGGCGAGGACGAGCUGUGA